AUGAACCGCUUUGUGCCUGCGCUGCGCUCACAACUACCACGGGUAGCGCCCGCACCAGCUCGCGCUUUCGCCUCGUCCUCGCGCCGAGCAGCAGAGGACUCCGCCAACCCUGCCGCCGACAACUCGUCCUCCAGCGCGCAGGCGGGUCUUGCGGCCGACCAGGACGGUGCAGCAGCCCCAACGGAGGAGAUCAAGCCCGGAACGAAGAUCACGUACUCGAAGUGGAUGCGGACUUCGGAGGCGCAGCGGUACAGGCGACCCACACCUGGCAAGCCCAACUGGAUCGGCGAGACGCCGUUCCCGAUGAACCCCUCCUUCAACCCCCUCCCUCCCCUCGCCGACACGAUCAAGGAGCGAAUCUACACCGCCUACGCCUACAACAUUCGCAUCAAGGAUGCGACGGACAGGCAGGUCGUGCGGGCGGUCAGCAGCAAGUUUGGUGUCUCGAUGGACCGCGUCAGGGCGAUCAUUCGGCUGAAGGAGCUUGAGGAGCAGUGGAGGAAGGAGGGCAAGGCGCUGCAGACGAACCUGCUGAAGGGAAUGGAGGAGGUGCUCGGCGUCCAGCAGCCUGUGAACGACAGUUGGCGGGGUAUCGAGACUCCCGAGCCUGCACAAGUCCUGCUCGCGAGCCGUCGGACGCUAUUCGAGAUGGUCGAUGUCGAGAACGGCGACUCCCCCGUCUUCCUCCCCCUCCUCACGCAAGUGCCCAACCGCGCCACUCCCCUCCUCGAGACUCCCCGCAUCUCCAAGACCGACUCCGCCUCUCGCAAGCCCGAACCGAAGGUCCUCGUCGCGCCCGCCUCUCGCGAAGGCCGCGCACCAACCGUCUUCACCGACUUGAGCGGCACAGAAGACGGCGACAAGCUUGCGUCGUCGUACAACACGAACAGGACGAGGAGGGGUAACGCGCGCAAGAGGGCGGCCGGUCGUGAGGACUACUUGCGGAAGAUGGAGAAGAGUGCCAGGGCGAAGGCGGCGGGUGGGCGGGCACAGGCAAAGGCAUAG